AUGAAGAAGGAAAAGAAGGAGAAAAGAGAGCGAGAGUGCGAUUUGGAGAAAUUUGUGCGCAGGCGGCGAGGCGGCCUUCGGAGGUUGGCGCGUGCAAACCUCCGACUCGAGUCAAUUCUCUUGGAUGUGCUCGCGUCAAUCGUCUUUCGAUGCUGCAGCAAGAGCCCAUGGAGCUUCAAAGAUCACUUCCGCGGCCAGCUAAUCUACGACGCAGCUAUAUCGAAAUCUCCAGGUAUAUUCGCACCCGAGUUACGCAGACAGGUUUCUCUUCCACGCCGCCCUCGACCACCAGAGCUUGUCUUUCUCCAAGACUCACAUAUUCUACGUCCGCAAUCCGCAGGGAACGGCGACCAGAUAAAUUGUCGCAGGUCGCCAACCCCGAUAUCAGGCGAUUUGACUAUUCUAGUAAGGCAGCAUCAUCUCCAGGGACUUGGACAGCGCUUAACUUUCACAGGGAUCUCUUCGUCCAGUACAGCGAGCACUGCCUGGGAAAGACUGCGCCAGACCGACGUCGAUUCUUUGUCAACUGCGCCUGAUCCCGACGAUGGUGAACGGACCCGAGUGCAGCUUUAUGGCUACAUUACUUCGCACAGACCGGGCAGGGGCUUCGACUUUAUCCAGCUCGUCGACCCACGGUUAGAGCUUGCCGUGCAAGUCAUCUUUCCCCAUCACGAUUCAACUGCGAAGGUUGCAGAAAGUACAUCGGUGGAAAAUCGCUUGGGUGCUGAGGAGCUCAGCGCGGAUAGAAGAUCAGGCUAUGAAGGUCCCUUUGAAGAAGAGCAGAGUAUUUUUAGAUCUGCUCGUCCUCACACACCCAUUCGCAUCUCCGGAAGGGUUGUGCGGCGACUGAUACCGCCCAAAAAAGACCACACGCAAGCUGCAUCAGGAGUUUGCGAUACGAAACGGCUAGAUAAUACCAUUCCAACACUGGACCCAUAUGUCGGGGACAUCAACCUCAUAUCUCAUGUCGAAAUCAGAGCAGAGUCCUGCAAGCUUCUCAAUGGAGUUCCACCCGACCUUACCGCCAAACGCGACACAGUGCUUCCACCAGAGUUACGAUAUCUUCAAUUCAGAACGGACUCGGACCUUCGCCGCAGGAUCCGAUUACGCUCACAACUUGCAGGAAAGAUAAGAGAACAUAUGCUGCGCAAUGAUUUCGACGAGAUCGAGACGCCAUUGUUAUUCAAAUCAACCCCGGAAGGUGCUCGAGAAUUCAUUGUGCCCACGAGAAAGAAGGGGUUUGCAUACGCAUUGCCACAAAGUCCACAGCAAUAUAAACAGGUCCUUAUGGCUUCGGGAAUCUCGAGGUAUUUCCAGUUCGCCAAAUGCUUUCGAGACGAGGAUCUGCGAGCCGACAGACAGCCGGAAUUCACUCAGCUUGAUCUCGAAAUGGCAUUCACUACUAGUGCUGAUGUUAUGGCCGUCGUAGAAGGGCUACUCAUCCAUGCAGUUUGGCCUAAUGUGCCUGGCAUCGCUCCUUUGCAACCAUCGGCGCCAGCGAUGUCUUUGGAGGCCGCAUCGGCGGAUCCAGUAUAUCGCAACCUGGCUUUUCCUCAGUUGACAUACAAUAUUGCAAUGUCUCGAUAUGGUUCGGACAAGCCUGACACGCGGCUUGGGUCUGAGAUUCGCCGAGUGGAUGACUGGCUUUCCCCCAAUGUGAAGAGCAUGGUGACCUCGCGACAGGACGAUACCAUUAUGGAGAUGAUGAAAAUUAGCAUGCAAGGAUGCGAACCGGCCGACAGCCAGAAGUUCGUGACAGCUUUCUUAGAAGCAUCAUCGAAAGCGAAAGCGAGGUAUACGAAGGACAAGAACCGAAUCCCCGGUGUGGCGGUCUUCGAUCCUUUAAAGCCGCUGCAUGGUCUGGCGAGCUUUGACCAUGAAGGUGCGGCCAAAGUGGAAGAAGAAUUCGAUCCCGAACCGGGCGACAUCCUCAUUCUUUAUAGCCGUGAGGAUAAGCCAUUUACUGGUGGGUCUACCGUGCUAGGGGACCUGCGUCGGGAUAUCUACCAGCACGCCAUAUCAGAGGGUCUAAUUGCUGCGCCUUCGGGAUUUUCUGCCUUAUGGAUAACAGAUUUCCCCUUGUUCUCACCCACAGAAGAGUCUGAACCAGGACAGGGCGGGUCCGCAGGCAUCUGCUCGACGCAUCAUCCCUUUACGGCUCCUAAACAAGGUCAGGAUUUGAAGGUAUCCACGUUCAAGGAGGAUCCAUUGUCCAUUAUUGGCGACCACUACGACCUGGUCAUCAAUGGAGUUGAAGUCGGCGGCGGCUCCUGUCGUAUCCACCGUGAAUUCAUGCAAGAAUUUAUCCUCGAAGAGGUGCUGAAGCUGAAGCCGGCACGCGUCAAAGAUUUCGGACAUCUACUGAGGGCGUUGCGUGCGGGCUGUCCGCCGCACGCCGGGUUUGCCCUAGGAUUUGACCGCUUGAUGGCCAUGUUGACGAACAGUGCGAGUGUACGAGAUGUGAUUGCGUUUCCAAAGUACGCAGACGGUGAAGACAAGUUCGCUGGCGCGCCUUCACCGAUAAGUCGACAUCAGCUGGCCACCUAUCAUCUGGUUGCCGUCGACGACAAGGUGCCUCGUGGGUCAUCUGCCAAAACAUCACGCAAAGCGUAG